AUGGCUCCAAAUGGACAAGACAUAUUCGAUUGUCUUCCCGACGUUCUUUUACUUACGAUAAUCUCUUACUUGUCGUUCAAGGAAUGUGUAAGAACCAGUGGUAUCUCCAGGAGGUGGAGGUAUAUCUGCUACCAGAUCAAGGACAUUUCAUUCAAGGAAUCCGAGUACGUGAGCAGUUCUAUCACCGAUCCGUUUUCAAGAUACAGCGCUUGGAUCUCCUUCUUUAGCUUCAUUGAUACUUGGAUCUCUAGAGUUCCUCAUCAUCAAGUCGUGGAAAGUAUCGAGUUCUGUUUCCCUAGUCCGCUGGGUUUCCCGAAUGCUAUCGAGGAUCUAAUCGAAUUCGCGGUCUCCAAGCGUGUGAAGAAGCUAGUUCUUGACUUUACCAAUCCUGCGUGGAGAGGCUACGGUGAUGUAUCAAAUCUUUUUUUCUUCUUUAAAUUGCCAGAAUGUGUUUACGGUCUAACAAGCCUUGAGUCACUAACAAUCUACGGGUGUGAGUUCGAUCCCUCUAAACUCACAACCAAGGGAUUGUUAAGAAGCCUAUCCGUUGGUUGGAUGAGGCUUGAAGACCUCUACGUGUUCUUAUCUAAUUAUCCUUCCCUCUAUAGUCUAAGUAUCAAACAAUGUUGGGAGGUUGAUAUCACUUUGAUAGCCGGGCAGUACUUAAGAGAGCUAGUCAUUGAGAAUUCCGACUUCUUUCACAUGCAUAUCUCUUUCAACCUGCCAAUGAUACUCAGCUUCAAGUACACAGGCCAAAUCAUUGACUUGUAUUUCGAGAAAAUGCCUGCGGUCAUAAGAAAUGUGUAUUUAGAUUUUGGGGGAGAGCUUGAGUACAACAAACCAAAUCGAACCUCGCGUAUAAUGGGUGCAGUUAUCUCUGGCUACUUCAAUGAUGGUCUUAGAGAUGCUCAAACCUUGACUGUGUGUCCUUAUCUCCUUCAGGCUAUUCCGGAAUGUGACAAUCCAUACUAUUACCUCCAUCCUGUGGAAACACAACAUUUGGUCUUGAGAACAAAGUUGCAUACGAAGGAGUUCAAUGGAAUUAGGAUGCUUUUAAGGAACUGCCCUAACUUGGAGAGUGUAACUUUGGAUAUGCUUCCUCCAAACCCUGUCCCGAAGUUUCUGAACUAUGGUGGCAUCAAUCCAGACACAUUUUGGAUGGAAGACGUGACUUAUAAGUGUAUAAGGAGGUCACUAAAGCUCGUGGUGGUUAGGAACUUUGGUGGUACUGUGAAUGAGUUGAAUAUACUGAGGUAUUUGAUUCGUGAGGGCAGUGAGCCUAGAGGUGUGCUGAAAAGGGUGGAGUUGUAUGUGCCGGAUGGGAUGGAGGAAGGUGAAGCGACGGUACUAUCCGCCAAAGCGAAGAUGCUCCAAAGCAUUUCGAAGCAUGUUCAAGUUCUUUGUGCUUGAUGCUUGAUAAGUUCGACCUUUUUCAAAAGUUGGUUCACCAGUGGAUUUUGUUUGCUUAUUUUGGGAUUUUUUUUGAGUUUUAUUUUGUUGAACAUUAAGGAAGUGAGUCUUCCGUUGCUUUGCUUUGUUUGAUUUCUGUUUAGGAGCCUCGGUGAACGAGGAAUUUAUCUAUGUGAACCCAAAUAAAUGAUAACUUUUGUUAUUCCAA